AUAGCGGCCGUUGUGGGCGGGACUCCAGUCACACCGGAAGCACAUGGGGACAAGGCUAGUCUAUGGGGCAAGUUGUAGAUGUGGAGGAAGGAACUGCAAGAUAUGGUUCAAUUCCCUCAACGAGUUGUUUUGAACAAGAGAUAUCCCUUGUGAAGAAUCCAAACUGAAACAGGAAGAAUUUGCAGACCAUGACUUGGCCGAGAUGUUUGCAGCUUCGGUACAUUCCCCUGCAUUGUCACCUUUUUCUGCAUUCAGCAAACCGUCUCCAGUUCAGACACUUGAACAUUCUUGGCAGGAUCAGUCCUGUGGGACUCGUGCCCGCUGAAGGCGCAAUGCGCCAAAGAAAGUUGGGACCUCCACACUGCAGAUGGACGGGUUUAUCCGUCACGGUCAACAGGUCUCAGAGCAGUGGUGACGGAAGUGGCUUGCGGGACCAAGCCCCGGCGAGACGGACAGUGUCACACGCCUCAGCUGGGAGUGGAGCUAACUCGGAGGAAUUUGGAACUCAAGGAAAAUUCUACUCUGGCAGGAGGGUGUUCCGCAAAAGCUCUUCCCAGACGGCGGAUUGCAGAUACGGUGAAGCUGAGGAUCAGGAUGAAGAAGUUAAUCGUCCGACAGUGAGCCGGAAGCAAGGUCGAAGGAACACUACCUACUGGUACUUCCUACAGUGUAAAAAACUCAUCAAGGCUGAUAAGUUAGCUGAAGCGUUGGACCUAUUUGAGACCCGGAUGUUGAAGGAAGAGCGGCUAGGUCCUGAAGAAUACAAUUACACUGUGCUGAUAGGAGGAUGUGGAAGAGCAGGUUACCUGAAAAAGGCCUUUAAACUCUACAAUGAUAUGAAGAAAAGAGGGCUGGUCCCCUCGGAAGCCACCUAUACUGCUCUGUUCAAUGCUUGUGCAGAGUCACCAUGGAAGGAUACAGGCCUUCAGUUUGCGACAAAGCUUCGGGAAGAAUUAAGGACCAAGAAUAUCCAAAUGAACCUGAUUGCAUACCAUGCCCUGCUGAAGACACACGCUAUCUGCUCCAAUCUCAGGGCCUGCUUUGAUGUGGUUCGGGAAAUAGUUCUCAGUGGUCAUGAGAUUAAUGUAGAAACAUUCAGCACUUUAAUGAUGGCCAGCAUCACGGACACCGACAAUGGCUUUAGGUAUUCAUUACAGAUCUGGCGAGAGAUGCUCAGACAGGGCAUUCGGCCCGAUGCCAAGAGCUACAACCUACUGCUGAGGGCUACCAGGGACUGUGGCAUUGGGAACCCUACGGUGGCAUCCCAUGCACUGUUGGGCGACGAGGGUGGAACGUGGCAACUGAAGCAGCGCAGGAAGGUUCAUAAGCUCCGAGGUCCUGUCCAGAAACGCGCAGGACACGGCAAAGAUCCCAACACUUUGACCAUGGACUCGCUGGAAGCGCAGUUGUUCAGCUUACCCUCCAGCGAGCCCCGGGGGACUGCAUUAACCUCACGCAAAGACUCUGGAGUUGAGGAUGGGCUCGCCAAUGCAACUCCACUAGGACCAACUGAACCACCAAACCUCCCAUCUAAACGUAGCCAUGGAAAAGAAAUGUCACCAGGAGAACAACCUUUAGAACUUGUUCCCAGGAAUGAAAUCCCCCUCAUCGAUUCAGGCACCAAGGGGUUCCCUCAAAGUAAUCUACCUAAUCUACUCCACCUCCAGGUCAACAAGAAGAACCUCGUCUCUCUGGGAACAGCAAGUGCACCUCAUGACAGGCUGGCACUGGUCGGAUACCUGGAUGGUUUUCUAAAUCAAAUGAAGGAAGAUAAUGUGGUGCCAGAUAUUAAAACCUUCACGCUGUUGGCCGACAUAGUAGAAGCAAACAGCCUGUCCGAAUCUUCCCUGCUCACCCUCAUGGAAGAGAGUGGUGUGAAGCCAGACAUUUCAUUCUUUAACACCAUGAUUAGGAAAAAAAGCAGGUUGGGAGAUCUGGAAGGUGCUAAGGCUUUAUUACCUGUUCUGGUUGAGCGAGGCUUAUCACCAAACAUGUACACUUUCUGCAACCUGGCAAUCGCCUGCACAAAGGACAGCGAUGGAUUGAAGCUCCUCCAAGACAUGAAGCUCUCUGGAGUAACCCCCAAUGUCAACGUCUACAGCGCCCUGAUCAAUAACGCAGCCAAGCAGUUGGACUAUGUGUAUCUUACCAACAUCCUGCGCGACAUGGCGAAGAAUCAAGUGGCACCCAACGAAGUUGUCCUCAAGCAACUGGAGUUUGUCGCCAAGUACCCUCCAAAUAUUGACAAGUAUAAGUCGAGAAACAUUUAUCUUGAAAAAAUUGAUGGCUUUCGAGGAUAUUACUAUCGCUGGUUAAACUUUAUGCCUGGAAUGGAAACACCACAUCCAUGGGAAAAGUACCGACUGAGGAGUAAUGUUCGCAAAGAAGAACUAAACCACUCGUAAAUACUGCAACUGGAGAUGACGGCAGAGGAUGAUGCAUCAGUUAUAGAACUUAGUGCAGUAUCAAUUUGCAGCCUUUCAUUUCCGUUGAAUUCAUCCACCACUGCUGCUUUGUCCCACACGAUCCUGGGCAGUGUUAUCAAAGUACACAGAGGAAUGUCAGCUCUGUCUUCUUCUUCCUGCGUAUGGCCUGCACAGCCUAAAGUUGUAGGACAACUUGUUCUAUUUGAUCGUGCACGCCAGGCUGAUUGCAUUCGUCGAAACAGGGCGGGGUCCACCUGAAGGUUGCAAUCUCCCCCCCCCACAACCCCCAGUUAGCUCUGUGAAAGUCGAAUAAAUGGACACUUUAUUAUUGAUUGUGUAUAGCUUAUGUAAUUAAAAAAAGAUCUU